GCGUCGCUAAACACAAAACGGUCGGCUGUCGCGUUUAUCGGUCGUUGCAUGGCCGUGCAAUCAUUGUGUAUUCAAUUCAACUCGCCUUAAUCACCCGGAUCAGCACUCAUCUGCAUAAUUAUCAUUGCUAAUCACCGCCGCUAUAUUGUUGGACAUGCAUUACGUGCGUCGACGAGUGAAAAAGAAGUGCGCCGCGUGUCGUCUGUGACUUUCGAGCCCCGGACCUGGAGACGCCGCAUCAUUUGCCCCGCACAUUGUGAAAAUCGCUAAAAAUCAACGGAAAAUACCAUUCUGCCAUUGCAAUCGACAGAUUCACAAUGGUUCGAGCGAGACGAGUACGUGCGGUAGUGGCAUGCACACAGAACGAUGAAUGCUGUUCGCCAAACCCUAAAAGGAAGGAUCAGGGCAAAAUUCUGCAUAAUGUCAAUCAAUCCAUCACACAAUUCUUUACCGCUGUUAAACCAAGUGAACAUCUACCAGAAAACAUUCUUUCUGAGGGAAAUGACUUGGACGAUGAUGAAAAAGAAAAAUUUAAAGAAAUACCAGAUGUUGUCUUAGAAGACUUCAAAGACAACCUACCCUCAACACCACACCGCAUUGAAUUGCACUACGAUAAAGACGAAGUCGCAAAAGAACUAAAACUCAAAAAUUUCAACCAUGAGAAACAGCAACAGUUACGUGACGAAUCGAAAUCAUUGUUCAAAGAACUCCAAUUGCCUUUACUAAGCGACGAUAUCGAGAUUAUCGAUGAAAAGCCACAGAUUAUAACCGAGCAGACUGAGGAGGUUCGUAAAGAGCUAUGCAGUCUGAACGAAAAUGUGAAUCAAAACCUGAAUCAUCAAAGCGAGAAUGUAACUGCAACCAAUAACAACACAACAGUAACAAAGGCGCGAAGAAGAUUAAACAACAAUCAGUCCGCUAAUCAGCAAGCGCAGCCGCUGAAAACCAAGAGCGUGGCGAAGAACAAUGCCGAAAACAAAUCAAACAAUCACAAAUUGACCGAUUUCUUCCCGGUGCGACGCUCCGAGCGCAAAACGAAGAAAACCGUGCUCGAGGAGAAGCAGAAGACGCUCGAGGAUAAUUUACGCAGCGGGAUUGAGAAAGGGCUGAGGGUUUAUCACUUUGAAGGCAAAGGGCGUGGAAUUGUCGCGAUGCGGAUGUUCAAUCGGGGUGAUUUCGUCGUGGAGUAUUCCGGCGACCUGAUUGACAUGCAGGAGGCACGUGGGAGGGAGUUGAAGUACGCUCAGGAUCAAAACACAGGAUGUUAUAUGUAUUAUUUUAAACAUAGGAACAUACAGUAUUGUAUUGAUGCGACUGCUGAAACAGGCCGCCUUGGCCGACUGGUAAAUCACUCAAGGAAUGGCAAUCUCAUCACACGCGUGAUCGACGUCGACCAAGUACCCCGACUUGUCCUCGUCGCGAAGGACACCAUCGAGAUUGGUGAAGAAGUCACCUAUGACUACGGCGAUCGCUCCAAGGAGUCUCUCAGGCAUCAUCCGUGGCUAGCCUACUAGAAACAAUUAGUUUAAAUGCACAUAGUUUAACUUUGACAUUAUUUUUUGUACACGAUCAAGCAUCCGAAUAAUUCGUACUUUAUAAGCGCUAGAUGCACGAGACAUUUGAUGUACAUAGAAUUUGCUUGUUUAGACAAUGUUCGCGCGCAACUAAAACAAAUAUUUUACAUGAAAGUCGUCUGUGUUAGACUGGAAAUUAUGCCAUUGAUGUGUGGAGAUUAUCGUUUUAGUUUGUUGACUGUUGAAAGACUGUUUAUUUUGGCCAAAGCGUAUGUAAAAAAGAAAGAAAUUUCAACUUGAAGUGCUAAUCAAAUUUGUUACAAGAACGAGCAGACAAUGCACACUCUUUAAAUAAUUCACUUUUGCUAAAUAUUGUAUUAGUUUGUAAUUAUUACGUUGUACCUUAGUGUGGCUAGAUAAUUUUUGUUUGUUUUUAUUUUGCUGGGUUGUUUUAAUGUAUUAUUUUGACACGUUUACAAUAAUCACAUCAUCAUUUAUUUGAUGUGAAUAUUGACGCAGUACUUGGACAUUUUAAUCAUGCACAAAACUGAGUAUUAGUAAUAAGGGCGACGACGUGAAGGGGAGUCUAGUGACAGAUUUGUAACAUCACUGCCAUCUUAAUCACUACCUGCUGUAGAAAAUGUCCUUAAAAUUAUUAUUAUUAUAACUAGUAUAUUUACCGCUGAAUAUUUACAGUUUACUUUAUACACUUAAAUCUAUGUAAUUUAAUUUUAGAUGUUAGUUUUAUUUAUUCUUCACUGAGUCACUGGUGAAUUUUUGGGUUUCACGUUAAACUGAUGGAGAGAGAGAGUUGAUGUUUAGGGAAAGACUUGUGGGUGUUGAUGUUUCGUUGACUUAGAGAUAUUACAUAAUGCAAGGCGAAACACUACUUGUAAUUGUAAGGAAGUUUUAGUUAAGAACUGUACACUUACGGAAUAAAGAGAAAGGAACGCGAACCUCGCUUAUAAGAUUA